CACUCUGUCUUUCUCUCAUCUCCUCACCUUCUAUCUUCAGCAUCCUAUGCUCCUCCAAAACCCCAUUUCUGCUACACCCCCUCUGAACAACCCAUCUCUCUCUCUCUCUCUCUCUCUCUCUCUCUCUCUCUAAAACUCGUCCUUUUUUUCCUCUCUCUCUCUCUCUCUCUCUCUCUCUCUCUGUGGCUAGCUUCCCAAGAUGAAAACCCAAAAUGGGUUCAGGCUUUUACUUAUUUUCCUUGUUGGGUUGUCUUCAUUCUUCGCAUGUGGAGUAUCUCAGACCAACCCAUCUGAUGUUGCAGCCAUGGUGGCUCUCAUGAAGACCUUAAACCCACCAAAAGAACUUGGGUGGUCCGACCCAGAUCCCUGCAAGUGGACCCACGUAGCCUGCUCAGACAGCAACCGGGUCACUCGGAUCCAAAUCGGGCACCAAAACCUCCAAGGUACACUCCCUCCAAACCUCUCAAACCUCAUUGCACUACAGCGCUUAGAGCUUCAAUGGAACAACAUUUCAGGUCCAAUACCAAGCUUAAAUGGGUUAACCUCAUUACAAGUUUUAAUGCUUAGUAAUAACCAGUUUAGUUCAAUCCCUAAAGACUUUUUCACUGGUAUGAACUCACUUCAAUCUGUUGAGAUUGAUAACAACCCUUUCAUGGCUUGGGAAAUCCCUAAAACCCUCCUAAAUGCUUCAAGUCUUCAGAAUUUCUCGGCUAAUUCCGCUAAUAUUACCGGCAAAAUACCGGAUUUUCUCGGCCCUGAUGGGUUUCCCGGGUUGAUUAAUUUGCAUUUAGCUUUCAAUUACUUGGAAGGUGAAUUGCCAAAGAGCUUUUCAGGGUCUCUAAUGGAGUCUUUGUGGGUUAAUGGGCAGAUGAGUAAUGGUAAACUUAGUGGAGGGAUUGAUGUUAUACAGAACAUGACAAUGUUGAGGGAGGUUUGGUUGCAUUCCAAUGCGUUUUCGGGUCCAUUGCCCAAUUUUUCGGUGUUCAAGAGCUUGGAGAGCUUGAGUGUUAGAGAUAAUUCGUUUACCGGCCCUGUUCCGGUGUCUUUGAUGAAUCUUGGGUCACUGAAGAUUGUCAACUUGACUAACAACUUGCUUCAAGGACCAAUGCCCAUGUUCAAUGAUUCAGUUGCAGUGGAUAUGGUUAACAAUACAAACAGCUUUUGUUUGCCAAAACCUGGUGAUUGUGAUCCUAGAGUGAAUACUCUGCUUUCCAUUGUGAAAUCCAUGCAUUACCCAAUGAAAUUUGCCGAGAAUUGGAAGGGAAAUGAUCCAUGUGUUGAUUGGUUCGGCAUUACUUGCAACAGUGGAAACAUUACCAUUGUUAAUUUUCAAAAGAUGGGUCUUACGGGUACGAUUUCUCCUGAAUUUGAUUCGCUUAAAUCGCUGCAAAGAUUGGUUCUUGCUGAUAACAAUCUUACGGGUUCGAUUCCUGAGGAGCUUACAACUUUGCCUGCACUUACUGAACUUGAUGUGGCGAAUAACAUGCUUUUUGGGAAAGUACCAGCCUUUAGGAGCAAUGUGAUGAUAAAUACAAAUGGUAAUCUGAAUAUUGGGAAGGAUAAGAGUGAUUCUUCAUCUUCAAGUCCAUCUUCUGGGGGUUCAUCCAAUUCAUCGACAAAUUCUGGUUCUGAAAAUAAUGACAGUGUCAAAAGUGGUAAGAAAUCUAGGAAUUGGAUUGGAGUUCUCUUGUUUUCCAUGAUGGGUGGUCUCUUUGUGAUUUUCUUGAUUGGUGUGGCUGCUUUCUGUCUGUACAAAAGUAAACGAAAAAGGUUUAGCAGAGUACAGAGCCCAAAUGCAAUGGUAAUUCAUCCUCGCCAUUCAGGAUCUGAUAAUGAUAGUGUGAAGAUUACAGUUGCGGGAUCGAGUGUUAGUGUUGGUGCCAGUAGUGAAAGCCAUACUGUUCCUAGCAGCGAGACCGGUGACAUCCAAAUGGUUGAAACGGGAAACAUGGUAAUUUCCAUUCAAGUCCUAAAAAAUGUGACAAACAAUUUCAGUGAAGAGAAUAUAUUGGGACAAGGAGGUUUUGGGACGGUCUACAAAGGGGAAUUGCAUGAUGGAACAAAAAUCGCUGUGAAAAGAAUGGAGUCCGGGGUAAUUACAGCAAAGGGUUUAGCAGAGUUUAAGUCUGAGAUUGCUGUUUUGACUAAGGUUCGACAUCGACAUCUUGUUGCCCUUCUUGGGUACUGUUUGGAUGGGAAUGAGAGGCUUCUUGUAUAUGAAUACAUGCCUCAAGGGACAUUAAGUAGGCAUCUAUUCAACUGGGUAGAUGAAGGAUUGAAACCAUUGGAAUGGACGAGAAGGUUGACGAUUGCGUUGGAUGUGGCAAGGGGUGUGGAAUAUCUUCAUAGUUUGGCUCAUCAAAGCUUUAUACACAGAGAUCUAAAGCCCUCAAACAUUCUUCUUGGGGAUGAUAUGCGGGCCAAGGUUGCAGACUUUGGUCUUGUGCGUCUUGCUCCUGAAGGAAAAGGCUCUAUUGAAACUAGGAUUGCUGGGACUUUUGGGUAUCUAGCACCAGAAUAUGCAGUGACAGGGCGAGUGACCACAAAAGUUGAUGUCUUUAGUUUUGGGGUGAUUUUGAUGGAACUAAUCACAGGAAGAAAAGCGCUCGAUGAGAGCCAACCCGAGGAAAGCAUGCACCUCGUAACGUGGUUCAGAAGAGUGCAUCUUAACAAGGACACGUUCCGCAAGGCCAUUGAUUCCACAAUUGACCUUACUGAAGAAACACUCGCAAGUGUCAGUACCGUUGCUGAACUAGCCGGCCACUGCUGUGCUCGGGAGCCAUAUCAAAGGCCUGACAUGGGUCACGCUGUGAAUGUGCUAUCUUCUCUUGUAGAACUCUGGAAACCAUCUGACCAGAGCUCCGAGGACAUAUAUGGGAUUGAUCUUGAGAUGUCUUUACCACAAGCACUUAAGAAGUGGCAGGCUUUCGAAGGAAGAAGUCACAUGGAUUCAUCUUCUUCUUCAUCGUUCCUCCCGAGCUUAGACAACACUCAGACCAGCAUACCAAAUCGGCCAUAUGGAUUUGCUGAGUCGUUUACAUCAGCAGAUGGGAGGUGAGAAGAAGUUAGGGAUGCUAGUAGUGAUUAUGGUUUAUUUUUGUAUGUUCAUUCUCUAUUUUGCUUCUUUCUUCCUGUAAUCUGUAUGCCUUUUUAGUGUCUAAUUUAUUUGGGCUUUCAGUGAUACAGUUUGGAUGUUUUUCACUUGCUUUGUAAUGCAAUGAGAAAGAGUUUCUCAACAAAAUGGUUGUGCAUAUCUUUCGUCUUUAA